AUGGCUCGAUACAGUAGGGUUUCUGCAUUUAUAUUCCCGGAAAACAUUGCCAUGCACCACUUGGCUUCAGCUUCUACCACAUUAGGUGAUUCUACAACAUUCGAAGUACCAGAGAGUUUGAAAGAAGAUGAAGAUCACGUGCUCACAGAGCGUAUUGCGAAUAGGAAUGGAAUUGCCUUUCGACUUCGCCGAUUAUUCUUGAUCGAUCGCCGGCAUCCAAAGGCGUCGCUUCACUUUCGAUCAAACCAUCUUUAUCGCCGCGAGCUGACGCGCCAUGUUCAAAGUGAUUUUUGGUACAUAAUCCAUCCCUUUAGCCUAUUCCGCUUUUACUGGGACGCCUGGUUGAUUGUCUACUACUAUGGUAUCGGUUUUCUGAUGUCUUUUCUGUUCGGCUUCACUACGCUAUCGGUGGUCCGUGAGCCUUCGUAUACGGUGGCUGUGGUAGUCAACAUCAUGGGUACACUGGAUUUUCUCGUUCGUGCUUGUACCGGCUAUCAGGAGCAGGAACACAGCAGAGUGGUUGAGUUUCACCACGGCAGGAUACUAUUAAAAUACUUGAAAAGCGAAAUGAUGAUUGAUCUGUUUGUCAUGAUACCCGCCACUCAACUGGCGGCCCUAUUCUUCCAAGGAAGACGAGAUUCGGUGAAGGAAACGAUGGUUAUCAAUGUGAUCCACGGUAUUUUAUUGCUAAAAGUGGUCUCAUUACGCCACAUCUGGGGCUAUCUUGUGAACGUGUUUGAGCGAUACAAAAUUCAUCUGUUGAAUUAUUAUUUUUUGCGGAUUGUGCUCAUGUCGCUGCUCAUCGUUCAUUGGUGUGUUUGCAUUUAUCGGAUUACAAUCUUUAAAUGGGACAUUAACUUCGCCUCCGAACAACUUACCUAUCUCGAGGCCGUCCACCAGUACACGGCUUGUCUCUAUUCGGUGUCCUGGUUCAUGUUUGCCUACAGUUUCGUCAACCGAGAAGUACCGUCUGAUGCACGCUCGAAAUUGCUUAGCUCAGCUUGCAUUGUCAUUGGAUACGUAUUUAAGAUUUUCGUUUUUCUGGAAAUUAUCAAGCUGGUAGAAAUAAUGAGUUCGAUGGAUAGAAAGUACGCUGAAGUGACUAACCAGUUGCAAUCGUACGUGCAAACGAAGCAAUUUCAGUCCGGCGACAUGAAGCAACGUCUACUGUACUAUUAUGCGAAACGGUUCGAGCAUUGCUUCUUCCAGGAGGAUAUCAUUAUGGAAAGCUUAUCAGAUACGUUAAAGAAGCGCAUUAGCAAUUUUAGUGCAACAAGGUUUUUGAAAAGUGUAAAAAUAUUCGAUGGCAUUCCCGUUGAAGUUCUUCUACCAUUUGUUGAUAUAAUGACAAAGGAAAUAUACUUGCAGGACGAUAUUAUUAUAAAGGCAGGUUCGUUUGGGGACAGAAUGUAUUUCGUGAUAGUUGGAACCGUUGCCGUUUACACCCACAGUCGCAAGGAAAUGUGCCACUUAUCUGACGGCGAUAAUUUUGGAGAAGUGGCCAUGUUCACAAAGAAAAAGAGACUCGUUAGCGUUGUAGCUGUUGAGUUCACACAAGUGUACAUGGUAGAAAGACGAGUCUUUAAGGAAAUGUUUCCCGUUGAUCAUAUUGUAUAUCAACGACUGCAAAAUAUGGCCAACAAGCGCAUGCAAAUCACUCUGUUUACCGAAGAACAGCAUAAAAACCAACUGUUAAAGAUAGAAACGAACUGA